AUGUCAAGUCAUCCAUAUGUAAAAGCAUUGUUUGCAGGCACCUCAAUAAUCGGAUUUGGAUAUUUAUUAAUGAAAUUUUCAACACCAACCAGAGAGCAAAUAUAUGAAAAAUUAUCACCUGAAGUUAAACAUUCAAUCGAAGGUCCUGAAAAUCAAGAAAGAAUGAAGCAAAUCAUGACAGUAAUGAGAAAAGCUGCAGAAACUGAUAAAACAACAACAGAAACAGUGUAUUCAGGUGGAGAUGGCAAAUGCCCUUCAUCUCCUUCUGGUGAUAAUGAUGAUUUACUUGAGUCAUAA